AUGCUUUACAAGCGAAGUAUUUGUGAGGUGAACAGUUUAGUGUCCACAGACGAAAAGAUGGCACCAAGGCAGCGGGAGCUAACCAGGGUCAAACAUAGGAGAGUGCACAAGUGCAGAGGAAGCUGCGGGAAUCAACUUGAUGACACAGAUUUGGCAAAGAAAUGA